AUGCGGGCCCCGCCCUUCACAGAUGACAUCAACGGGGAGAUAGUGCCCCCAAACUUUAAGCUUCCAAACUUGCACACCUAUGACGGCCGAGGUGACCCCGAGGAUCACCUUCGCGCCUUCAUCUCCGCAUUCCUACUCUACUGCGUCCCCGACGCCGUGAUCUGUCGGGCUUUCCCAAUCUUCCUACACGGGACUGCCCGGAAGUGGUUCUGGAGUUUGGAACCAAGGAGCAUUUCCUCCUUGGAUGAGCUAAUAGACCGGUUCAACGAGGAGAAUGUGCAGAUACCUGAUCAGAAUGAGCAAGUAACUAUCGCUGCCUUCACCAACGGGUUAGUGGCAGGGAUCUUCAACACCGAAAUCCAUCGGCAGUACCCCCAUACACUUCGGGAGCUCUGGGAAAUAGUGGACCAGGGAAUCCGAAGUGAAGAUGUAAAUCGCAUGAAGCGAGAAGCCCAAGCAUCUCGUACGGGGCAAGAUCCCCGGAGGAGGAAAGACACCGGCCGAGGUGAACCAGGCCCAAGUGGCACUUCAAACCAACUCCGAAACCGCCGGAGUGUCUUCGACCGGAUCGUGAAAGGCAGAUCGUCCACCUCGAACGCCGAGCUGACACCCAUCAAUUCCAGCCGAUCCCAUGUUUUGGCUGUGAUGAGGCAAAAUCACCUCGGCCGAACUCCCCCUGAGAUCCCAGGAAGAAGGGAUAAGAGGAAUUCCAACCUCUACUGUGCCUACCACCGAGAUGUGGGGCACGAGACCGGAGACUGCAACGACUUGAAGCGAGAAAUUGAAAACCUGAUCCGCCAGGGAUACUUGAAGCAGUUUGUCCGCAAGGAUUGA